UAUCAACAAUCAUACAGUGUUUGCAAAUGUAAAUUUAUUUAUUUGUUUUUGAUAACCCAGACAAUGAAUAGCUUGCAAACUCUUUGCCGUACUUGUGGUACAAUAAUAAACGAAGAACUUGACGUCAAACUCUUUGAGGAAUUAAACUAUCCCCUAGUUACUUUAAUUCAAGAUAUUACGGAUAUGUGGAUGGAACAGGACAGCGUUCUACCGGAUUACAUAUGCGUUGGCUGCAAAGCCAUGUUGGACCAAAUCGUUAUAUUCCGAGCAGGUUGCCUGAGCACUCAUAAGAACUUUUUGGCGAUUAUUAAAGAGGACUUAAAUAGCAACAAAGAUGUCAAUGUUUUGAGUGACGUUAAUUCGGAUAUAGAGUGCGACAUCAAAGAAGAACUCGAUUCAAAUAACUUAAAUAGUACCAAAGAUCUAAUUGUUUUGAGGGAAAUUAAUUCGGACUUAGAUUGCGACAUCAAAGAAGAACUCGAUUCAAAUAACUUGAAACGUAAUAAUAGCAAUGAUGAUCAAUCAUUAUUAAUUGAAUUAGAGUCUGACAACACCCCUCAGGUCAGCAAAACGAAAGUAAAGCCCUGUGCCAAGGAAAAGCCAAGGAAAAAAAUAAAUAAAAGUAAAAUUGCUUGGAAUCAAAAAACAUGGAUUUGUGAACAGUGCGGUGGAGAAUUUAAAUGCUCUACAUAUUUUAAGCUACAUUUACUACGACACACGGACAAAAGGGAAUUUGAAUGUGACGUCUGUAAGAAAAGAUACUAUACACGAAACGAAAUGCUACGUCACAAGAUAUUGCAUACAAAUGCCAGACCAUAUGCAUGCCGAUUUUGCGAUAAAACAUUUCGAGGCACCAGUUCCAAAGCAGUCCAUGAAAGGUCUCAUACAAACGAACGGCCAUUUCCAUGCCAAUAUUGUGAGAAGUCCUUCAGAUCAACAUCAGUCCGGAGAUCGCACGAGCGAGUACAUGUUAAUCAUCGCAAAUUUCAUUGUGAGCCAUGCGACACUUGGUAUCUACGACAUUCACAUUUGUUAUUGCAUCAACGUACGAAGCUACAUAAAAGUAAAAUUGCUAGUAAUUAAUAAUGUAAUUUUACAACAGCACACAAGUAAAUCAAUUUGAAUUUUAAAUAAAUACGGUUCACAUGUGAAUGUCAGUCACAGUGACAGCUGAUUUAGUUUUAUGCGAAUGGCAACUUAUUCUUUCUGCUGAACUUGUUCUUGACGCGUUGUACGCUGCUCUGGUUGUGAGAAAAUCACUUUUACAUAAA